CAUGAGCCCAACAAUGGGUGCGAGGAGCUGGGCCCCUCGGACCGUGGCCUGCCCGUCGCUGGUGCACCUCUCAGAAGAUGGUCUCAAAGAUACAGCUUCUCGUGGACUCCUAGAGCACGCCAGUCUGAGGAUGUUGUCUAUGAUCCAUGGAAGCCUCUCAUCCCUACACUUCAACGCAACCACGGUUCAACUUCCUCCUCUGGCUCUUUCCAGAGCACUAUAUCCCAGGAGAAGGUGGCCAAGCCCUAUGACUCGGAGACCGAGCUCCGCCGUGUUGCUCGCGAACUCUUGCGCCUGCAGAAGUGGUUGCUGCUCGGUGGCAUGCUCGCUACAAAUGGUGUCCUAAUCUGGGCCGGUCUCACAUACCACGAGUACUACUACAUCUUCCUUCCCUUUCUCUGUCUCAACACAUUCACUCAAGUAUUCUUUGCGGUCUGCAUCACCAUCUCUGCCGCCUACACCUCUGGGAAGCGGUGGCUUCUCAACAUCCAGGACGAGUGUCCCGAGAAUCCCGAGAAGAUUGUCAUGCUCCUGCCCUGCUACAACGAGGACCGCACAGAGGUCGGCAACUCCCUCGAGUCUCUGACAAAGCAGAUCAAGAUCGGCCACCACCCACGGCUUAUCUUUGUGGUCGUGGACGGACAGGCCAAGGCUCCCGGCGAACCGAAGUCCACGCAGGACUUCCUGCUCGACGACAUGUUCGCCGGCGGCACGCGGGUUGAGUUUGAGAACGGCUACUGCGCGCGUGACGGUUUCUACAUGCCCGUCAAGCUUCAGCACGGUCUGUAUAAGGGCGUGCCAUAUCUCGUCGUGGGCAAGCGCUACAACCAGGGCAAGCGUGACAGCUUGUGCUUCGCGCGAUCUUUCUUGUGGCACUACAAGAACCGGUCUGAGGAGCUGCCGACCAUCUUCAACCCGGAGUUGUUCGACUAUAUCGGCUCGGUCUUCACUGACUAUGGGCUUGACACUGUCGAUUACCUCUGUGGAAUGGACGGCGACACUGAGUUUGAUGUGGACUGUGUAUAUGAGCUGGUCAAGGAGAUGAGGCGCGGUGGCCCCAACGUUGUGGGAGUCUGCGGUGCUGUCUUGGUAAAGUUUGAUGAGAAGCCCUGGGGUCUCUGGAAUCUGCUACAAAACACCGAGUACAAAAUGACACAAGGUUUGAGGCGACAAUUCCAGUCCAGAGUUUCUGGAAAAGUCAAUUGUCUGCCAGGUUGCUGUCAGCUCAUCCGCAUUGAAGAAGCCACCUUUGGUGACGUCGUACUAAGGAAGCGCUUUGGCUACGUCCCAUCGCCAAACGACACCUUGACAACGCAAAUCAUGGGAGUCUACUCCGAGGAUUCCAUCCACGCGAGUAUCAUCUUCUCCAACUUCCCCGAGUCCCAGACCAGACAAGCUCUCAGGGCUCGAGCAUACACAACUGCCCCGCAAUCCUGGCCGGUAUACCUGUCUCAGCGCAAGAGAUGGGCCCUGGGAAGCAAGUCCAACGAGUUUGUCAUGAUCUUCCGCCCAGGCAUCCUCUGGAUCGAGCGCAUCUGCUCUCUGAUCACAGUCAUCACCUGGUGGAUCGGUCCUUUUGUCCUCACUGCCGUCUUCACUCUUUUCAUUGCGCUCGGCCGGAUCGGUCUCAAGCUCUUCGACCACAACGUGACACUGGGCCUUCUCUGUGUUCUGUUAUUCCGUUAUGUCUGGUCCUUCCUGAUCGUCACCUGGUUCCCCCACAACACAAUCUCCCGCAUCCGCUUUGUCGUCGGCUUCUUUGUCUACCUCGUCGCCUCGCCAUUCAUGAACGUCAUCAUCAUGUUUUACUCCCUCUUCUUCUGCGACGAGAUCAGCUGGGGUAAGACACGCGCCGUCGCUGAAGACGACGUGGAAGCUCUGCCGCCGACUGGUUUCAAGUCGCACUGAGCCCUAUCCUUCUCGUACAACAGUCUGUCGCCAGGUUUGCGAAGUAUUACAUUGGGCAAAUGACUGGCGGAUCUGGCGGAUCUGUAUAUUUGAACACGCACAAAAGGUUGUACUUGUACAUGAUAAAAGUUUUGCAAUUCGUACAUAUUGGGUCUGUACGUAAACCACGUCGUACUCUAAGUCCAUCAAAAGAAAAGUCCUCUCUCUCAAGUAUCUCCGUGAUAAAGCUACGCGUCUGUUGCUCCAGCCCACUGCCGAGAUCGUAUUUUCCCGACAUGUCCACUGCUCGUUCUGAGUCUCUGGCGCACCAGUAUAAGCGUUGUCUCCUUGAAACCUCCUUGGCACUCCUACUCGACAGCCUCCCUACGAUUCCCGCGAUAGCAGAU